GGGGCGGCGGGGGACCAUGAGCUGGAUACCGUUCAAGAUCGGGCAGCCCAAGAAACAGAUUGUACCCAAGACAGUGGAGAGAGACUUUGAAAGGGAAUAUGGAAAGCUUCAGCAAUUGGAAGAUCAGACCAAAAAACUUCAGAAGGAUAUGAAGAAAAGCACAGAUGCAGACUUGGCCAUGUCCAAGUCGGCUGUCAAAAUCUCUUCGGACCUGCUGUCUAACCCCCUGUGUGAACAGGAGCCCAGCUUUCUGGAGAUGGUCACGGCCUUCGACACAGCGAUGAAGAGGAUGGACUCUUUCAACCAGGAGAAGGUGAAUCAGAUCCAAAAGACAGUCAUAGAGCCUUUGAAAAAGUUCAGCAGCGUGUUCCCCAGCCUGAACAUGGCAGUGAAGAGACGGGAGCAAACGCUGCAGGACUACAAGCGCCUGCAGUCCAAGGUGGAGAAAUACGAGGAGAAGGAGAGGACCGGCCCCGUCCUCGCCAAGCUGCACCAGGCCCGUGAAGAGCUGAGGCCGGUGAAGGAGGACUUUGAAGCCAAAAACAAGCAGCUCCUGGAGGAAAUGCCCAAGUUUUACAGCAGCCGCAUCGAUUACUUCAAACCCAGCUUUGAGUCGCUGGUCCGGGCGCAGGUCGUCUACUACACAGAGAUGCACAAGAUCUUCGGGGACCUGACGGCACAGAUUGACCGGCCCAGCUUGAGCGAUGAGCAGCGGGAGCGGGAGAACGACGCCAAGCUGAGCGAGCUGCGGGCUUUGUCCAUUGUGGCCGAUGACUGAGUGCCGCGGUGGGACGCUGGCGAUGGGGAAGGGGCUGGGGAUCCCCCCCUCCAGCUCCCGCAGCCAGGCUGCUCCCCACCUCCUCCCUCCCGGGGAUGGACUCGGGGGCUUUAGCCCUCUGCCCCCAUGGCUCUGCCCUCCUGCCGGGACAAGGUAUCGCUUGGGCUCGGGGUGGGGGCACUCCGCACACCCACCUCUGGUCCGGAUCAGGCCCAGGCUCCUUGCCUUUCUGGCAGGAGGAUGGAGUCACUCCUGCAGCUGCUGCUGGGCCAUUCAUUUUGUGCCUUAGGAGCCCAGUAGCCCCCCCAGGGAAGAGUAAAAGCAUUCAAAUGCCAUUUUUUCGAGGCAGCAGGGGAGGGUGAUGAAAGGGCUACACUUCCCGUGCGGAGCACCGUGCGAUGCUGCACUCUGAAUCCGCCCCGGUUCAAGCAAGAACAGUGCAAAGGGCCUCAGCCCCACAGCUGCAGGGUUGGAGGGGGGGGGUGUGCAUGCAGAUCUGCAUGGCCAUGGGUGCAUGGGUGCCCACCCAGGGGUAUGGGGGAGCCCAGACCCCAGGGCAGGGGAUGCACAAGGGAAAUACAACGUGGCUAGGAGCAAACCCAGGGAAAAGUGGGGAAGCUGGGGGGCUGCACAGCCAGAGUCAACCGUAGCCCCCGCCUUGGUGCCUGGGGGGGA